CCCCUCAGUGCCCGGAUGCGGGGGCAGGGCGAGGGCCGGGCCCCCCCCCCGGACCCCCGGGCCGAGCCCAUCGACAGCUCGGGGGGGCCGGCGCUGGCCCUGCCCUCGGGGGGGGCCCUGAGCGCCCGGGGGCUCCCCCCAGGCCCCGCCCGAGAGCACCUGGAGAAGGCUCUGCUGGGCCAGGAGGCCGAGAGGAGGAAGAAGCUGAGGUUCCACCCCCGGCAGCUUUACCUGAGCGUCAAACAGGGGGAGCUGGGCAGGGUCAUCCUGAUGCUGCUGGACAACCUGGACCCCAACUUCCAGAGCGACGCCCAGAGCAAGCGCUCGGCGCUGCACGCGGCCGCCCAGAAGGGACACCUGGAGAUCUGCCACCUGCUGCUCCAGGCCGGAGCCAACAUCAACGCCGUGGACAAGCAGCGCCGCACGCCGCUGAUGGAGGCCGUGGCCAACGACCAGCUGGAGACAGCGCGGUACCUGCUGCAGAGGGGGGGCUGCGCCUACAGCCAGGAGGAGGACGGCUCCACCUGCCUGCACCACGCGGCCAAGAACGGCAACCUGGAGAUGGUGGAGCUGCUGCUGAGCACCGGCCAGGUGGACGUCAACGCACAGGACAGCGGGGGCUGGACCCCCAUCAUCUGGGCGGCCGAGCACAAACACAUCGAGGUCAUCCGGCGGCUGCUGACCCGCGGGGCCGACGUCACCCUGACCGACAACGAGGAGAACAUCUGCCUGCACUGGGCGUCGUUCACGGGCAGCGCCGAGAUCGCCGAGGUGCUGCUGAACGCGCAGUGCGACCUGCACGCCGUCAACUUCCACGGGGACACGCCCCUGCACAUCGCCGCCAGGGAGAGCUACCACGACUGCGUCAGCCUGUUCCUGUCGCGCGGGGCCGACCCUGAGGUGCGGAACAAGGAGGGCGACUCCCCCCUGGACCUGACCCCGGAGCGCUCCGAGGUCUGGGUGGCGCUGCAGCUCAACCGGAAACUGCGCCUGGGGGCGGCGGGCCGGGCCCUGCACACCGAGCGCAUCGUCAGCAGGGACGUGGCGCGGGGCCACGAGAACGUUCCCAUCCCCUGCGUCAACGGCGUGGACGAGGAGCCCUGCCCCCAGGACUACAAAUACAUCGCUGAGAACUGCGAGACCUCCACCAUGAACAUCGACCACAACAUCACCCACCUGCAGCACUGCACCUGCCAGGACGAUUGCUCCUCCUCCAACUGCCUCUGCGGGCAGCUCAGCAUCCGCUGCUGGUACGACAAGGACGGGCGGCUGCUGCAGGAGUUCAAUAAGAUCGAGCCCCCCCUGAUCUUCGAGUGCAACCAGGCCUGCACCUGCUGGAGGAGCUGCAAGAACCGCGUGGUGCAGAGCGGCAUCAAGGUCCGGCUCCAGCUGUACCGCACGGCCAAGAUGGGCUGGGGCGUUCGGGCGCUGCAGGCGAUUCCUCCGGGCACCUUCAUCUGCGAGUACGUGGGGGAGCUGAUCUCGGACGCCGAGGCCGACGUCAGGGAGGACGACUCCUACCUGUUCGACCUGGACAACAAGGACGGCGAGGUGUACUGCAUCGACGCCCGUUACUAUGGCAACGUCAGCCGCUUCAUCAACCACCUGUGCGACCCCAACAUCAUCCCGGUGCGCGUGUUCAUGCUGCACCAGGACCUGCGCUUCCCCCGCAUCGCCUUCUUCAGCAGCCGCCACAUCCGGCCCGGAGAGGAGCUGGGGUUUGACUACGGCGAUCGUUUCUGGGACAUCAAGAGCAAAUACUUCCCGUGCCAGUGCGGCUCCGAGAAGUGCAAACACUCGGCCGAGGCGGGCGGGGGGCGCGGGGACCCCCCCGAGCUGCUGCCCCCCCUGCUGGCCCUGCCCCCGCCCUGAGCGACCCCAAAAUCCCCCCAAAAAUCCCCAAAAAAACACCCAAAAAAUGGCCCAAAGCGGCCCCGGGUCCCUCCCGGUUUUCUGUCCCAAACCGCCCCAGUUCCAUCCCAGAUUGAGCCAAAAUGGCCAGGAUUUACCCCAAAUGGGAAAAAUUCACACAAAAUGGCACCAAAUUCAUCCCAAACCACCCCAAAUUGGCCAAAAUUCACCCCAAACUGCCCCAAAUUGGCCAAAAUUCACCCAAAACUGCCCCAAAUUUACCCGAAAUGGUCAAAAUUCACCCAGAACUGCCCCAAUUUUGCCCCAGUUUCACCCCAGAUUGAUCCAAAAUGGCCAAAAUUUACCUGAAAUGGGAAAAAUUCACCCAAAACGGCACCAAAUUGGGCAAAAUUCAUCCAGAAAGGGCCCAAAUUCAUCCAAAACUGCCCCAAAUUCACCCCAAACGGCUCCAGUUUAACCAAAAUGGUCCAAAUUCACCCCAAACUGCCCCACUUUUGCCCCAGUUUCACCCCAGAUUGAUCCAAAAUGGCCAAAAUUUACCUGAAAUGGGAAAAAUUCACCCAAAACGGCACCAAAUUCACCCAAAACGGCCCCAAAUUGGCCAAAAUUCACCCAAAACUGCCCCAAAUUUACCCAAAAUGGUCAAAAUUCACCCAGAACGGCCCCAAAUUCACCCAAAACAGCCCCAAGUUAACCUAAACAGCCCAAAUUUAAUCAGAACUGCCCCAAAUUCACCCCAAACUGCCCCAAUUUUGCCCCAGUUUCGCCCCAAAACCGCCCCAGUUCCAUCCCAGAUUGAGCCAAAGUGGCCAGGAUUUACCCAAAAUGGGAAAAAUUCACACGAAACGGCACCAAAUUCACCCAAAACGGCCCCAAAUUCACCCCAAAUUGGGCGAAAUUCACCCAAAACGGCCCCAAAUUUACCCAAAAUGGUCAAAAUUCACCCAGAACUGCCCCAAAUUGGCCAAAAUUCACCCAAAACUGCCCCAAAUUUACCCAAAAUGGCACCAAAUUCACCCAAAACUGCCCCAUAUUCACCCAAAACAGCCCCAAAUUCACCGAAAACUGCCCCAGAUUGGCCAAAUUGGGUAAAAUUCACCCAAAAAGGGCCCAAAUUCACCCAGAACUGCCCCAAAUUCACCCCAAAGUGGGCAAAAUUCACCCAAAACGGCUCCAAAUUGGGCAAAAUUCACCCAAAAAGGGCAAAAUUCACCCAAAACGGCCCCAAAUUCAUCCCAAACCACUCAAAAUUGGGGAAAAUUCACCCAAAUCACCCCAAAUUGGCCAAAAUUCACCCAAAAGGGCCCCAAAUUUACCCGAAAUGGUCAAAAUUCACCCAAAACGGCCCCAAAUUGGGCAAAAUUCACCCAAAACUGCCCCAAAUUCACCCAAAACGGCCCCAAAUUGGGCAAAAUUCAUCCAAAAAGGGCCCAAAUUUACCCAAAAUGAUCAAAAUUCACCCAAAACAGCCCCAAAUUGGCCAAAAUUCACCCAAAAAGGGCCCGAAUUCACCCCAAACGGCUCCAAUUUAACCAAAAUGGGCCCAAAUUCACCCAAAACGGCCCCAAAAUCACCCCAAAUUGGCCAAAAUUCACCCAAAACUGCCCCAAAUUCACCCAAAACUGCCCUAAAUUCUCCCAAAACGACCUCAAAUUGGGGAAAAUUCACCCAAAAAGGGCCCAAAUUUACCCAAAACUGCCCCAAAUUCACCCCAAACUGCCCCACUUUUGCCCCAGUUUCAUCCCAGAUUGAGCCAAAGUGGCCAGGAUUUACCCAAAAUGGGAAAAAUUCACACAAAACGGCCCCAAAAUCACCCCGAAGUGGGCAAAAUUCACCCAAAACUGCCCUAAAUUCACCCAAAAUGGUCAAAAUUCACCCAGAACUGCCCCAAAUUGGCCAAAAUUCACCCAAAACUGCCCCAAAUUUACCCAAAAUGGCAACAAAUUCACCGAAAACUGCCCCAGAUUGGCCAAAUUGGGUAAAAUUCACCCAAAAAGGGCCCAAAUUCACCCAGAACUGCCCCAAAUUCACCCCAAAUUGGGCAAAAUUCACCCAAAAGGGCCCCAAAUUUACCCAAAAUGGGAAAAAUUCACCCAAAACGGCCCCAAAUUCACCCCAAACUGCCCCACUUUUGCCCCAGUUCCAUCCCAGAUUGAGCCAAAAUGGCCAGGAUUUACCCAAAAUGGGAAAAAUUCACACAAAAUGGCACCAAAUUCACCCAAAACCGCCCCAAAUUGGCCAAACUUCAUCCAAAAAGGGCAAAAUUCACCCAGAACUGCCCCAAAUUCACCCAAAACUGCCCUAAAUUCACCCAAAACGGCCCCAAAUUCACCCAAAACUGCCCCAAAUUGGCCAAAAUUCAUCCAAAAAGGGCCCAAAUUCACCCAAAACGGCCCCAAAAUCACCCCAAAUUGGCCAAAAUUCACCCAAAACUGCCCCAAAUUCACCCAAAACUGCCCUAAAUUCUCCCAAAACGACCUCAAAUUGGGGAAAAUUCACCCAAAAAGGGCCCAAAUUCACCCAGAACUGCCCCAAAUUCACCCAAAACGGCCCCAAAUUUACCCAAAACUGCCCCAAAUUCACCCCAAACUGCCCCACUUUUGCCCCAGUUUCAUCCCAGAUUGAGCCAAAAUGGCCAGGAUUUACCCAAAAUGGGAAAAAUUCACACAAAACGGCCCCAAAAUCACCCCGAAGGGGGCAAAAUUCACCCAAAACGGCCCCAAAUUUACCCAAAAUAGUCAAAAUUCACCCAAAACUGCCCCAAAUUGGCCAAAAUUCACCCAAAACUGCCCCAAAUUUACCCAAAAUGGCACCAAAUUCACCGAAAACUGCCCCAGAUUGGCCAAAUUGGGUAAAAUUCACCCAAAAAGGGCCCAAAUUCACCCAGAACUGCCCCAAAUUCACCCCAAAUUGGGCAAAAUUCACCCAAAAGGGCCCCAAAUUCACCCCAAACUGCCCCACUUUUGCCCCAGUUCCAUCCCAGAUUGAGCCAAAAUGGCCAGGAUUUACCCAAAAUGGGAAAAAUUCACACGAAACGGCACCAAAUUCAUCCCAAACCACCCCAAAUUGGCCAAAAUUCACCCAAAAAGGGCAAAAUUCACCCAGAACUGCCCCAAAUUCACCCAAAACUGCCCUAAAUUCACCCAAAACGGCCCCAAAUUCAUCCCAAAACUGACCCAAAUUGGGCAAAAUUCACCCAAAACUGCCCCAAAUUUACCCAAAAUGGUCAAAAUUCACCCAGAACGGCCCCAAAUUCAUCUCCAACCACUCCAAAUUGGACAAAAUUCACCCAAAACUGCCCCAAAUUGACCCAAAACUGCCCCAAAUUGGGUAAAAUUCAUCCAAAAAGGGCCCAAAUUCAUCCCACACCAGUCAAAAUUGGGGAAAAUUCACCCAAAACUGCCCCAAAUUUUCCCAAAAUGGCCUCAAAUUCACCCAAAACUUCCACAAAUUGGCCAAAAUUCAUCAAAAAGGGCCCAAAUUCACCCAAAACGGCCCCAAAUUCAUCCCAAACCACUCAAAAUUGGGGAAAAUUCACCCAAAAGGGCCCCAAAUUUACCCAAAAUGGUCAAAAUUCAUCCAAAUUGGGCAAAAUUCACCCAGAAUGGCCCGAAAUUAACCCAGAACUGCCCCAAAUUCACCCCAAACUGCCCCAAAUUGGCCAAAAUUCACCCAAAAAGGGCCCAAAUUCACCCAGAACUGCCCCAAAUUCACCCCAAACGUCUCCAAUUUAACCAAAAUGGCCCAAAUUCACCCCAAACUGCCCCAAUUUUGCCCCAGUUUCACCCCAGAUUGAUCCAAAAUGGCCAAAAUUUACCUGAAAUGGGAAAAAUUCACCCAAAACAGCACCAAAUUCACCCAAACUACCCCAAAUUGGCCAAAAUUCACCCAAAAGGGCCCCAAAUUCACCCAAAACAGCCCCAAAUUGGACAAAAUUCACCCAAAAGGGCCCCAAAUUUACCCAAAACAGCCCCAAAUUCAUCCCAAACCACUCAAAAUUGGGGAAAAUUCACCCAAAUCACCCCAAAUUGGCCAAAAUUCACCCAAAAGGGCCUCAAAUUUACCCGAAAUGGUCAAAAUUCACCCAAAACGGCCCCAAAUUGGGCAAAAUUCACCCAAAACUGCCCCAAAUUCACCCAAAACGGCCCCAAAUUGGGCAAAAUUCAUCCAAAAAGGGCCCAAAUUUACCCAAAAUGAUCAAAAUUCACCCAAAACAGCCCCAAAUUGGCCAAAAUUCACCCAAAAAGGGCCCGAAUUCACCCCAAACGGCUCCAAUUUAACCAAAAUGGCCCAAAUUCACCCCAAACUGCCCCACUUUUGCCCCAGUUUCAUCCCAGAUUGAGCCAAAUUGGCCAGGAUUUACCCAAAAUGGGAAAAAUUCACACGAAACGGCACCAAAAUCACCCAAAACUGGGCAAAAUUCACCCUAAAGGGCCCCAAAUUCACCCAAAACUGCCCCAAAUUGGCCAAAAUUCAUCCAAAAAGGGCAAAAUUCACCCAAAACUGCCCCAAAUUUACCCAGAACUGCCCCAAAUUCAUCCCAAACUACCCCAAAUUGGCCAAAAUUCACCCAAAACUGCCCCAAAUUCACCCAAAACUGCCCCAAAUUCACCCAAAACAGCCCCAAAUUCACCGAAAACUGCCCCAGAUUGGCCAAAUUGGGUAAAAUUCACCCAAAAAGGCCCCAAAUUCACCCCGAACUGCCCCAAAUUGGCCAAAAUUCACCCAAAACUGCCCCAAAUUCACCCAAAACGGCCCCAAAUUCACCCAAAACGGCUCCAAAUUGGGCAAAAUUCACCCAAAAAGGGCCCAAAUUCACCCAGAACUGCCCCAAAUUCAUCCCAAACCACUCAAAAUUGGGGAAAAUUCACCCAAAUCACCCCAAAUUGGCCAAAAUUCACCCAAAAGGGCCUCAAAUUUACCCGAAAUGGUCAAAAUUCACCCAAAACGGCCCCAAAUUUACCCAGAACUGCCCCAAAAUUCACCCAAAACAGCCCCAAAUUGGCCAAAAUUCACCCAAAACUGCCCCAAAUUCACCCAAAACGGCUCCAAAUUGGGCAAAAUUCACCCAAAAGGGCCCCAAAUUUACCCAAAAUGGUCAAAAUUCACCCCAAACUGCCCCAAAUUCAUCCCAAACUACCCCAAAUGUGCCAAAAUUCACCCAAAAGGGCCCCAAAUUCAUCCAAAACUGCCCCAAUUUAACCCAAACGGCCCAAAUUUAAUUAAAAUGGCCCCAAAUUCAACCAAAAUGGUCAAAAUUCAUCCAAAAAGGGCCCAAAUUCACCCAAAAGGGCCCAAAUUUACCCAAAAUGGUCAAAAUUCACCCAGAACUGCCCCAAAUUCACCUCAAACUACCCCAAAUGUGCCAAAAUUCAUCCAAAAUGGCCCAAAUUUACCCAAAAGGGCCCAAAUUAAUCCCAAACUGCCCCAAAUUGGGCAAAAUUCACCCAAAACUGCUCCAAAUUCACCCAAAACUGCCCCAAUUUAAUCAAAACGGCCCCAAAUUGGCCAAAAUUCACCCAAAAAGGGCCCAAAUUCACCCCAAACUGCCCCAAUUUAACCAAAACGGCCCAAAUUUAAUCAAAACUGCCCCAAAUUCACCUCAAAUUCAACCAAAAUGGUCAAAAUUUUUCAAAAAGGGCCCAAAUUCACCCAAAAUGAUCAAAAUUCACUGAAAAAUUUCAAACUUCACCCAAAACUGCCCCAAUUUUACCCAAAACUGCCCCAAAUUCACCCCAAAUUCGACCCAAAAUGGUCAAAAUUCACCCAAAAGGGCCCAAAUUUCCCCAAAAUGGUCAAAAUUCACUGAAAAAUCUCAAACUUUACCCAAAAUGGCUCCAAAUUCACCCAAAAAAGCCCCAAAUUUACCCAAAAUGACCAAAAUUCUCCCGAUUUUGUCCCAAAUUCCCCCAAAUUUCCCCUUUAGCCCCUCCCCCUUCCCCCCCUUUGAUUGACGUCGGAUUUGAACCAAUAAAGAGCCUGGAAUGGGAAA